AUGCCUUUCUUCCGCAAAGAGACCCAGUCUCAUUCAACUUCCUCAACUACAGAGACAAAACAACGAUCUCUGCGUUCAUUAUUCAACCGCACAGCUCGCACUCCAGUCAAGCAGCCAACACAAACACAAACACAUACCUGUCAGGCACCAGCCAUCCAACAGCCCAACCCUUCUCUCUCCCUCUCCCAAUCCACGUCAGAAACCCAAUUCCAGUGGGAAGACAUCGACCCCCCAGCCGAGUACAACUAUCUCGUCUCCUCAAACCGAUCCCAAACAACACUGUCAGCUACCGCUACCCCGCAUCACCACCAACAACUAUCCCAGGUCGAAAUCGCAAGCACAGACCCCAGCAUGCUGAACCACUCUCACUCCAAUUCGUCACUACCCGGCUACAACGACGUAAGUGGUGCCGUUGUCGUCGAUGUCGACGGGUACCCGCGCUUCCUGACGCCUCAGGAAGAAGAGGAUAGAAAGGAUACUCUGCAGCGAGCUGUAAGGGAACGGAUGAUGGGGCUGCCGCGACGGACGGACUUUAAUUGGGAGGCAUCAGAUGGGCCGGUUUUGCCCCGGUAUGAGUGUGAGCCACCUACUGGGGCUGUGGGCGUUCCGGCUGGUGUUGCUGGUGGUGGGAAGUGA